AUGGUCCCUGGUGGACACCAGUAUCCUCAAGUUGUCAUACUCCCUGCUGAGCCGGAACUGGGAAACACUAAUCCGGAUGAUCCUCCAGCAUAUUCGGUUGUUGUUAAUAGUGGUGGCGGUACAGUCGAGACAGCAAAAGAAGAAACACAACCACCGAAGUACUCCGAACUAGAAACUCCUUCUGAUAGUAAUACUUCUGAGUACGUGAGACUUGAAAAUCGUUUUUGCACUAGUAGAAAAUUAUUAGUUUAGAU